GUUUAGUGUGUGGUGGUUUUUCAUAGUGUACGAACGUGUAGAUAAAAAUGCCUCGUCCAAAGAACAAUGUGCUACGUUCUUAUUUUAUAAUAACAAGGGAUAACCAAGCCAUUUGUAGAAAUGAAAAAUGUGAUAAUAGAUUAUUAAAUACACAUGGAGGAAAUCUGGAGCGACAUUUGAGAAAAGUUCAUCCAAAUAUUUUCGAAAGUUAUUCGGAAAAGAAACUUCAUGGUGGUGUUCUAAUCACUAAGAUCAAACGUGAUCUUUUAAAUGCUAGUCCUGCAAAUGAUAGUUUUACUACCAGUUUUAACAGUGAGACAACACCUACAUUGUCUUCCGCAAUAAAUAAAGAACACAUACAAAUGGCUCUAGUAGAGUUAUUUACAAAAUGCGGUAGACCUCUUAGUUUGGCAGAAGAUCGACCAUUCAAAAUGCUUGUCACUCCAAUAUUAGAAGCACUUGAUAUGAAAGUAAAUGAACAUAGUGUAAUGAAACUAAUUACUAAAUAUUCCAAUAACAUAAAAAAUGAAAUUAAAGAGGAACUUCGUGGAAGAUUAAUAUCGUUGAAAAUUGAUGGAGUCACUGUGAAUUCUGUAAGUGUUCUCAGUGUAAAUGUACAAUUUAUUAAAAACAAUAGUGUGGCAAUUAAAACAAUUGCCAUAAAAGAAUUAACUCAACAGCCCACAAGCGAGUAUUUGAAGAAUAUAAUAAUGGAAGUUCUUGGUUCCUAUGAAAUAAAUUUAAAUCAAGUAGUCACAAUAACAACCGACAAUGGAGCUAAUAUGAUUAAGGCCUUUAAUGAUUUAAAUUGCGACAUAAGCAGUAGGAGCUCAUAUGAAGUUUGUAAUAAAACCGAUUUUCUGGGUAUGGACUCUGAUUUAUCAAUGGAUAAUAUAAUAAAUGUUCGUUGUGGAGCCCACAUUUUGCAAGUGUGUGCGACAGAAGUAAUUAAAUCUACUGAUAUUAAAAAGAAACUUGACACUAUUAGAGCUUUAAUAAAAAAGCUUGGAACACAAAAAUAUACAAAUUUGAUGAAAGGUGGAGACUAUAAAAUGCCGUUAUUGGAUAACAUAGCGAAAUGCAGCUCUACUUAUCUUAUGCUUGAGCAUUUUAUAGCCUUAAAAGAAUUUAUUGAUGAUAAUUUAGAUGUUUCCCAUGAUAUUUGGAAUUUCGCUAAUGAAUUUAUAAAAGUAUUUCAAGUUAUGAAUACAGCAUCGAACAAAUUACAAAAUGAAAACUUGAUAUAUAGCGAUCUCUAUAUUGAAAUAACAAAUAUAACAAUAAAAUUGGAAAAUCUUCCGUAUUCUGAUUUGAAGCUGCAUUUAACAGAAAGCUUAAAUAGACAGAAAAACAAAAUGCUUGAAAAUGAUUUAUUUGUAACCGCCAUCUAUCUGGAUCCGAGAAUUAAAGUUUGUCUGACGUCCAGUCAGCGCGCAAGAGCCAAGAACUGUAUAAUGCAAUUACAUACUCGUUUAUUAUAUUUAAAAGAUUAUGAUGAAUGUGAACCAAUGCAAUCGACAGAAACUGAUGAGAGCAUAACAAAUUCACCUUUAACUGUGAGCAACGCUGUUGAUGACGAACUUGAGGAAUAUUUCAAGUCUUUUGAAAAAUCUUCCGACAUGGAUAUUUCUACAUCCCAUUCAAUUGACCAAGAUAUUUUAAUAUAUGAAAAUCAAAAUCGUUUGGGAAUAAAGGAAAAUAUUAUUGAUUAUUGGAGCAAACUGAAAAAUGCUUUAAGCGAAGUAGCAUUCGUAGUAUUAGCCAUACCAUGUACUCAAGUAAGUUUUGAAAGGUUAUAUUCGGCCAUUGAAUACAUACAAUCCAAUCAGCUUAAUAAACCGAGCUCUAUAAAUUUAGAGAAUAUUUUGCUAGUAAGAGAGAAUGGCAACUUCACUUAUGAUUAGUUUAUCUCUUUAAAUGUUAGUUUUCAAAUUUUAAAUUUGGCUUUAAUUUUAUGAAUUAUUAUUUAUAUAUUUAAACUACUGUAUUUUUAAUAAACAUCAAUAAAAACUUUAAACUUUU